UGAAUAUGGCUGUAUUAAAUCUUAGCCCAUUCACAUUUGAAAAAGGGAAGAUGUUUUCUGGGCAGCCUGUAAACGAAGUUUAGGAAAGUUGCAAAAAGGAAUGGCUCACGGCUUUCGCUUUCGUUUGUAAACAGUUAAUUUUGAAGUCUCUGGAAUGUAAAAGCCUCAACCUCAAACCUUCUAAAGAACCUCUAUAUAAAUCAGAUUCUGAUCUCAUCCUUUCUAUGUAUCACUUUCGUUAUUGCUUCGCGCGCAAAAAACAAAUCAUCGCAAACCGAAGUAGAAACGGGAAGGGAGAAUUUCGAUCGGAGCUCCGGCGGACCACGUUGCACGCCUUACUGUUUAACACUUUCAAUUCGGAUCAAUGACCUCGUCAUCAUCGUCUUUCCAGAUUGAGAAUUCGUUUCUUUAGAUAAGAUAUACUUAAGAGUUUCCACUGUAUUGAUUUCUUCAAUUUCCUUCUAUUCAUUUUUUUCCCUCUUCGGGAAAAUUUCUUUCUCUGUUUCUUAUUGAUUUGUAAUUUAUUUUAUCCAAUCAAUUUCAGGACGAUAGGGUUCUUCUUUUUUGCUACAACCAUGAAGGGCCAUGAACCCAAGAUGCCAAGAAUGGAGGAUAUCCUUAAUCUUCUAGUGCAAGAUCCACCUUGUGCAGAGUUUUCUGCAACCCAUAUAAAGUGGGUGAAAAUAGAAGGUGGUUGUCAAGGUGGUGAUGAUAUUGCUCUUAUUCCUUUUGCUAGAGUGGGUGAUUUUGUAAAAGGAGAAUCUUCAAAUGCAGAAUGCCCUGCCAGUUUCCGCAUUGAGUCAAGGAGGAAGAGAUCUGAAGGGAGCAUCAGCAAACCAAGGGUUGAUGGCUCUCUUGAAUAUACACUAUAUUGGUGUUCAUAUGGUCCUGAAGACUACCGAGAUAUUGAGUCUGGUAUAGGGGAUGGCUCUAACAUCAAACCUGCAACUGGGAAGGGAAGUAGGCCUGGAAGGCACCAUGUGAUGAGAGGUUGCCUUUGCCAUUUUACUGUAAAACGCUUAUACACCCAUCCUUUCCUGGCUCUUAUCAUAUAUAAUAAAAAAAAACAUGUGGAUAAAACAGGGGCUCCUUGCCAUGGGAUACUUGAUCUGGACGCUGUGGGGACAAGAGCUAUGUAUGCUCCAAGGAUUUCAGAAGAAUUGCGCCAGAAAGUAAUGUUUAUGCUUUAUGUUGGAAUAUCUUUGGACAAUAUAAUACAACAUCAUGCUGAGGUGGUGCAGGGCCAUAGUGGCCCACACAACCGUGAUGAUUUUCUCUCUCGGAAUGAUGUUCAUAACAUGGAAGGGGAUGUUCGUAACAUGGAAAGGGUUCUUCGUAAUUCUUCCACAAAUUGCAUGCAAAUGAUGAUUGCAGUGUAAAAAUGUGGGUGCAACGCCAUCGGAAGUAUGUUUUUUACUUCCAAGAUAGUUCUAAUGCCAAUCCAUUUAUUCUGGGUAUACAGACAGAUUGGCAGUUGCAGCAGAUGCUCCGUUAUGGGCAUAGUGGUUCUGGAGCUUCUCAUUCAACAUUUGGCUUGAAGAAACAUAAGGAGCAAAUCUAUAUGCUCUAUGCAUUUUGGAGCUCUUGAAAUUGCAUGGUAAGUUGUGACAGCAUUAACUUAUAGAAGUUGCACAUGAACCAUCUUUCUACUCAGAUUCUGAAUAAUUAAUAAUCAAGGUAGGUGGUGUCACAUUAGUUUCAAUUAUUUUAUGCUUUGUGACUUUCAAAUUCUUUAAAACUCUAUGGAUAGGGUCAUUAAGCUGAUGAGACUUCUGGCUAGAAACCAUUGUGACUAAAAGUUGAGUUGGAAUGCAUUAUAGUAUACUAUGGCAGAUAAAAGCUAGCUUGUGUUAAUGCUUCUGGUGCCGAUUUAGUAAUCUUCCAACCCUUUUACAGUAUCCCUUGUGUACUUUACUUGUUUUUGACUCGUCUCAAAAUGCAAUUCUGGUUGUGUGGGUCAUUACCUCAUUGAUUAGUCCAGAUAUCCACAAAUGGUUUGGUUCUCUAGCUGAAAAAAUCCGGACCAAGGAUCCCAGAUGGAGGCCCAGUGCCUUUCUAGGAUGAUCCUUCCCUUGAAAUUUCUGUCAUAAGAUUUUGCAGAGAAGCUUUCCAUUGUCAGGUGCUAUUAUGCACCUGGCAUGUUCGUCGUGCUUGGAUAAGAAGCCUUUUAAAGAAAUGCUGCAACAUUGAUGUGCAGCGAGAGAUGUUUAAGCAAUUGGGCUGGAUUUUGUAUUCUACAAGAAGUGGACCAAAUGUUGUGGAUGCGAUUGAAGAGUUCAUGCAAGUAUAUGUUGACCAAAGUGUCUUUGUGGAUUAUUUCAAGAGGAGUUGGUUACCAUAUAUAGGUGUGUUUCUUUUAUGCUUGACCUCAUCUUCUUCGAAUCACACAGCUUCUCUUCCUUUGGUUGGAGGAACCUUUUUUCUACUUAUCUGUUCUUGGACCUGUCUUUCCAAUUAUCAAAAGAUUUUUCUCAUCCAUUUGUUUAUUAUUCAUUGUUUCUUAUUUUUUCCACAGCAGGUCAUGUGCCACACUGUGUUCGGUAAAUAGCUUCAAUAGCAUAUUUGAUAUAUUAAAAGUUGUGGGUUAAUGGCAUAAGGUCUCUUCCUGUGGCUGGUGCAGAGCCCCUGGCUGCAAUUGAAUCCUAUCACACGAGGUUGAAAUCAAAGCUUUUUAAUGAGCGACAUUCCAAUUCCUGGACGAGGAUUGACUGGUUAAUCUACACUUUGACCACUGAAUUUCACUCCUUAUAUUGGUUAGAUCAAUACAGUGAAGAAAGUGGGUAUUUUGCAAAUAUAAGGGAUGAGUCUUUCUUAACUAAUUCUUUGCAUCAGGCUUUGCAUAUUUCUGACAUUGAUGUGAUGUUGGAUGAGCAAAAUCUCCAACUUGCAAAAGUCAUCUCUCAAACUGACAAAAGUCUAGCAUGUAUAGUUUGGAAUCAUGGUACAGAAUUCUCCCUAUGUGACUGUCCCUGUUCAAGGCUAGGACAUCUUUGUAAGCAUGUCAUUAAGGUGGCAAUCUUAUGUAAAAGUCGGCAGGUUGCAAGGCCGUUAUUGGCAGUUCAAGUUUAUUGGCAGGCCUUGCUUACCCUUAUGCAGAAUCCUCCUGAUGAUCCUCUAGUUAUCGAGCAUGCAACUUGCUUGCAACACGAUAUCAAAGGCUUGGAAGACUUGUCUAGCAGUGGUUUGCUCCAGCCUUUACCUCCUGAAGUGAACCCUCAAAUAGGAGAGAAUCCGCUUUUUCCACAUUUUCUUUGAUUGGGCCUUUGAAAGGUGAUCAGAUUUUCAUUGUCAGCUUUCUAGUUAUACAACUGAUGUUUUAGAUGAGAACAGGAAAUUUUGUUCCCUGUCUGCUGCAAUUUGACUCAUACCAAGUCAUUAAUUUGCACCAGCGUGCUUCAAAAAGUUCGGUUCCUGCGUGCAUGAAUUUCAGAUUCUUCAGCAGUGUAGCUACAUUGCAUUGACUUUCGUAUUUUGCCGUAUCCUUAACUGGGGCUUGGAGAGAGACACACACACAACAAAGAAAAAAAAGGAA